AUGACCGUAUCAAGACCUGUCAAGCACGAAGAGAAGCGCCUAGAACACGGCCACGAUCUCUACCUGACAUUCGAUCUCGAGUUUGUCGCGUCUCUCGCGCGUGAGUUGUGCUGCCACCCCGCGACAAGCCCUCAAGUCGCGCCGAUCUGUCUCUUGUCGAGCCUGUCGCGGACGUUUAGUGCUCUGCGGGUCCAAUACAACAAUGCCUUUCGAGGACUGCUGGGGCUGCCCUGGCGCUGCAGCGCGUCGGGCAUGUUCGCCGACAGCGGCACGGACGGCUUCCACGCCGUGCUGCGCAAGCGCGUGGCGUCCCUGUGGGCGCGCGUGCAGGGCAGCCCUAACACUCUAUUAAAGGUGGUCGCCGAGAAGAUGGACAGUCCUAUGAUCACCCACUGGAUGUCCAUGCAUCAAAACUAUGGAUAA